AACGGGAGGAUCGCAGCUUCCCGUCUCUUGGAUCGACGAGAUCGACGGAAGGCAACCGAAGGAGAUAGUGGCUUACUUACCGAGACCCGAAACUCACAUCUUUCCUCUCCGUACUCGCGUGAAGCAGUUGCCAUUAGGGCUACCUCGGGAUCUCGUCGAGGGAGAUGGCGUCUUCGAUGCUGAAGGCGACUGCAGAGAAGGCGAUGCCGUUGGCGAGAAGACAGGCGCUGACGCUGACAGAUGCUGCUGCCGCGCGAAUCCGCCAUCUGCUUGAUCUCCGGCAACGGCCCUUCCUCCGUCUCGGCGUCAAGGCUCGCGGAUGCAACGGGUUGUCUUACACUCUUAACUAUGCGGAUGAAAAGGGCAAAUUUGAUGAGGUCGUUGAAGAUAGGGGCGUCAGAAUAUUGAUUGAUCCUAAAGCCCUGAUGCAUGUCAUUGGAACCAAGAUGGAUUUUUUGGAUGAUAAGUUGAAGUCUGAAUUUGUCUUCAUAAAUCCAAACUCGAAAGGACAGUGUGGUUGUGGUGAAUCCUUUAUGACAAAUAGUUCUAAUAAUACAAAAUCCGGUAGUUCGUAGAUUUAUCUUGGAUCAUGCAAUUAAUUUCUUCUCAGCUCAUCUUCUGCAGCCGUCAUCUAACAUUUGAGAAUUCUCCAAAAUGCGACGUGAUUAUAAAUAAGAAAAAAAGAAAACUUUUUGUGGCAGGUAAUAAAAGUGCUGUUACUAAACGUUUUCCUUAAUUUUUCUUCAGUUAGCCAUAGCAACAUAUCAUGUAACUGCAUAUUUUUCACUCGUUAUUUCAAGAGCUGUAGAAUAUUCUGGAAAAAUUAUGUGAA